AUGACCUCAACGUACGUCGAAGAACCAGAAAUCAGAGAAGCCGAACCAGAGUUCAGAGAAGCCGAACCAGAUUUCAAAGAAGCCGAACCAAUGCUAGAACGAACAGCAUCAUCAGCCACCUCUGGUGCUGACGAAGAAAGCCCGUUUCGAAAGCCAAGGUUCAGUUAUCGCCGGUGAUUCUUUCGAAGAUCAUGGCUUACUCGCUGAAUCUCCCUGUCAAAGAGGCCCCACCUCUACCACCACCUCCAGUUUUGAUUCAAAAAGAGGAGUUGACAGCAGAAGAGCUAGAACACAUCGAACGGGUACGACGACUGGCUGAAGGUUUGGAAAUGACCUCAACGUACGUCGAAGAACCAGAAAUCAAAAGAAGCCGAACCAGAGUUCAGAGAAGCCGAACCAGAGUUCAAAGAAGCCGAACCAAUGCUAGAACGAACAGCAUCAUCAGCCACCUCUGGUGCUGACGAAGAAGCCCGUUUCGAAAGCCAAGGUUCAGUUAUCGCCGGUGAUUCUUUCGAAGAUCAUGGCUUACUCGCUGAAUCUCCCGUCAAAGAGGCCCCACCUCUACCACCACCUCCAGUUUUGAUUCAAAAGAGGAGUUGA